UAUAUAAAUCAAAUAUUUAUUAUAUCUUGGCACAAAUCAUGUUCGAUACAACUAAAUACUUUCCACGUUCGGUUGACUCGGAUCACCCAUCCCAACUAGAGCCCAAUGAGCCCACACCUUUCCAUAUUCCAGUUACCUAUGAGAUGGUUCAUAAUCUGGUGGGCAAUUCACCGGAUCUCGGUGGCAUAGAAGUAGCAUCAGGAGGUGAACAGGACACUGAAGAUGGGGAAAGUGUAGAGACCACUGCCGCUGCAACUCCCCAAUUGAUGAUUAUUUUCGAGGAGGGGGACUUCAAUAGUGCCCUGCACUUUCUCAUAGAAUCCGUUCACAAUCCCUCUGCCCCAAAUGCGGUGGCCAUGGUUCUGGUUGAGGAGAAAAUCCGCGAAGAGAUCGUCAAGAGAAUUGAGCCUAGAGUACGACCCCCUUGUAAAUGUGGGGCCUCCAAUCUGGAGGAAAUUAAAGCUGACACUUCUGAGGUCGCCCCUCCACGGGUGUGCAAGUGCCCCCUUAAAGCGAUCGGAGGGGAUUACCCAACUGGGUCCAUCACUUUUCACACAUUUCGCAACAGCCAGGAGGCCAUCGACAUUUGCCAGCGGGAAACGCUGCCCUUCGCAUCCGUCUCCAUUUGGAACGAGAAUCUGGACUGGUGCUACGAACUGGUGGUGGCCCUCAGUUCUCCACAUUUCUUUCUGAACUGCACGAAUGUGGACUUGUCACCGAUCUCCAGGCAACUCACAGCCAAGCAAAAUUACGUGGCAGUUGAAAACGGAUUCCAUUUCGAGAGCCUGCACAUCUACAAUCAAUUCAAGGUGAUUGUCUUUCCCAUCGGUGAAUUAAUCUUGCCAAAACCCGAAAAUUUACAGGAGGAGCCAGAGCCCAUCUCCUUUUUGGAAUCUUAGGAUUACAAAAUUUUGUUUGUUUCCUCAUCAUAAACAUCACUUUUGCUAAAUACAAAUUUCAAGUUA